CCCCUCCCCCCUGCCCGGCCGCCAUGCCCGGCCACACGCCCCCUCCGAGCGCCCACCGCCACCCGGCCAUGCUCUCGUUCCAGGCGGAAUUGGCCCACCUCCGGCGACACCGGCCGCCGGCCGACCUCGACCCGCCGGAGCAGGUGGUCGGCGGCCGGCUGCGCUUGCGCCCGCGCUCGGACACGGAUCGCCCCGGCUCGCGCUCGCCGAGCCCCGAGGGGCGGCUGCUGGACCGGCGCUCGGAUCCCGGCCUGGCCGAACGCGCCGAGCGCGACCGCCAGGAGCAUCUGGACCGCGAGCACGCCAAGCGCGCGGCCCUCGUCCGCCAGGCGGCCCUGUAUGACAUGCUGGCCGCGCGGGGGAUAUCAUCCCACCACCGGCCCGGCUCGUCCGCCCCCGAUGAGCACCCCUCCUCCUCCUCCGAGGAGGAGGACGACCCGCUCGAUGACCACCUGUCGGCCGAGGAACGCCAGCAGCUGGCCCGCCUGGAGGAGGAGUCCCUGGUGGACUUUCGCGCCUCCCGGCGCCGGGAUUCCCCGGCCAGCAGCGCAGGCGACACCUCGGCCGGGCCCCUGGUCUGGGAGGAGUAUGAGGACGAGUUCGGCCGGACGUGCGUUCGUCUGGUCGAUCCUGCCAUCGGCCGGGGUAGCCCCGACGCCCGGCUGCAAACAACCGGCGUCUUCCAGUUUGAUGAGGCACGCAUCCGGGGGACCAGCUUCAUCCGCCUCGCGGCGGAGGACUCGCUCGAGCGCGAGCAACAAAUGAAGGCCCUGCGCGAGGUGAGCUCCCGAGGGGAGCGGUCCCGCCAGGCGGCGCAGCUCAUCCUCGACGCCCGGUCGCGGUCCCUCGGCGGGACAUGGCGCCUGGACACGGCCGCCUGGCGCCUCGAUCGCCUCUUCCAAUCGGAGGAAGACUUCCAAUAGCACCCAUCCGUGGGCACCUCCGGGCAGCCCCAUCACGCACACCCAUCACAAGACCUCGCGCGUGCGGGAACAUGCCCGCGCUGGCCGCCGCCGGGCGAACACACAGGCCCGGGGGCUCUUUAUUGUGCGGUCCCUUUUCCGUUCGGUGUGUGACUGCGCGGCGCGCUGUGGGCAUGAGCUGGGCACCGGUGCCGGCGUCCUCUUCUGGG